AUGCCGCGCCGCGCCGUCGCGCUCGCGCUCGCCCUCGUCGCGAUCGCCGCGCGCGCGGUGGCGGCGACGCCCACGCUGAAGUUCGCGCAGACGCACGUGUUCGAGGCGCCGUAUAAGCGAUGGACCGCCGGGCAGACUGGUGGACAGAAUUUAAAGUCGCCGUACGACGAGACGGAGCUCCACUUGAUCGGCGCCCGCGCGGCGCUGGUCUUGGUGGAGUUUUACGACGCGGGCGUGAGCGAGGCGAAGAUGCGGGUGACGAACGCGUUCGACGCGACGGGGACGGAGAUGACGUUGAACGCGUCGACGCCGGGGACGUACGGGGACGACGACGCGACGACGAUGGCGGACGGCGGGCCGUAUUCGAGCACGGCGUACUCGGCGAUCGUUCCGGGGGAGUACGUCAAGCGUGGGUUGAGCGUCGAGAUCACGUGGACGUCGGGUGGGACGCCGCGGACGCACGCGAUGACGUCGAUCAAGGUUGGCGCGCCGACGCGAUUCAAAAUCGUCACCGUGCCGGUGUACUUUUUCAACGCCAGCGAAUCGAUGGUGCACAACGGUCACGUGCUCACGGCGGAGAGAGUGGGUAACAUGGAGCCGAGCGUCGCGCGAGAGUAUUCGAGCAAGAUGCCGUGUAGCACGUUUCACACGGAACUGCACCCCAUGAAACGGUUCAACAUGAGCUACGUGGUCGUGCCGCCUGGAAGGGGUUACGACGGCGUAACGCGCGCGGCGUAUCGCAUCAAUCAGAGAGACGACGAGGCGAAUGGGUUUGAUACCAUUUCCAUCGGCAUGGGUAUCCUCAGGAAGUUGAGAAAGUUUGACGGUGAAAGCAAAAUCGCGACGCAGUAUUACAGUCCGUUGAUUUACAAGAAAAGUGCCGCCAAGGGAGGAGGGUACGAUGGUCCGGGGGGGGGGCUCGGCGGCGGGCACAUCGGCACGGGAUCCUACACUUUUUCGGGAGUCUUCUUCCACGAGCAGGGACACGCCGCGGGAUUGCCGCACGCGAAAGAGGCGUACAACAGUUCAUCGUAUCCGUAUCCCGAAGGAAGCCUACAAGGCUCGGCUUGGGCGUACGACAUGCACAGUAAUAAACUGAUCGAUCCGUACAAGAAGCCUUGUACAUAUAACACGUGUCCAAGUUCCAUCUACGGAUACAAACAAGAUGUCAUGCAAGGCGGACACGGUGAUCGGGAAAGCGGCCAACACUUUGGACUCUUUUCAGAUUACAACGUGGCCAGAAUACAACGUUACUUUGAGCGUCGGGGAGCUAUUGGAGUCACUCCAGCCGGUGGUUUCGCGAAGUGGGACGACGACGCGCAGGCGUGGUCCGACGCGACGUCUUCUGUAAAGGUCGUGACAAUCAAUGAGCCGGUAGUUUUCAUCUACGCAACAGCGAGCUGCACCGAGUUGAGCUGUGAUUCGGGCGGCGCGCUCGAUACAUCGAAGUUGUGGCUCACUCAGAUAUAUCCUCCCGUGACGUACGUCGGGAACUCGACGGAGGUCGUCGACGUCGAUGACAGAGCACAGUUUGAACGUUUCAAUUAUGAUCAAGCAACCGGCGUCGAACGAGAUUAUUGUGGCCGCGGCUGCGACUUUAUGUACAAGGUGCACUUUGCCGAUGGUACACAUCGUACAGUCAUGAUUCCCGAUGGCGCCUCGUUUCGAUCGUCGCCGGCGUCAUCGAUUUCAAGUGACGCGACAAACCCACUGCAUGGUGACUCGUUCAUCUCUUUAGGUUGCGUGGUGCGAACGGAGGGUAAGGAUGUCGUGAGAGUUGACAUGCUGUAUCUUCCGUUCGUUUGGAGAGGGGUACACAACCGCGCGGCGCAGCUCAUUACGUCUUGGACGAAAACUGGCGGAGAAACUCGACCGAUUUCUCCUGUAAACACCGUCGGCCAACCAGUGUCGACGCUUGUCGCGUCCUUAAAAAUGCUGUUACCAGCAGGCAAAGGAAUAUGUUCGUACAACGUGACGAGUGCGCACGCGCGUCAAGCAGAAGAACUUGCGAUGAGCGCACUUGAAGGGUUUUUUCAAAAGGAAGUAGGCGCGCCGAUCCCCCCGUUGUCAGGCGUCGCGUUGGCGUGCGCGUGCGCUGGCGAAGGGCCAACCUGCGACGCUACGUGCAAGAAGCAGGUUGGAUUCCGGUCCUGGGAGCUACCACCGAGUAGUUUGAGUCGUUCAAGUGAAGUGCAGUGCGGAUGUCAGUUUAAAUGUGAGGAUUUGUCCGGGAAAUGUCAGUAUGGAUUUGAGCCAGCGAGUGACAAAUGUGAGAGAGGGACGCACGCUUCGAAACUCACUAAACGAUGGCACAGCUCACAGGUGUACUACUACGUGGAUGCAUACGACAGACCACUCAUGGACAUCGAGGGCGCAAAGGAUAUGAUUGAUGAUUUCAGACACAAUAAAACGUUGGACGAACAAAUCAAAAAAUGUAGAAAAGAUCCAGAGUGUCAACGGAUCAUUUUCGAACAGGCGCACAGUACAUACAAGACUUCGUUCAAACGAGGCAUCUGCGCGAACCCGUGCUACGUAAAAGAUGAUUGGAAUCGCGUGACAUACAUCAUCGACAUGGAAAAUCCUUGGGAGUUGAACAUCACGGAGCGCGAAGCGUUAGUGUCCGCGGGGACCACCGUGCAUUUGGACGUGAAGCUGGCAUCGUCCGACUCCACGCUUCUGAGUCAGAUGCAAAGUUACAUCUCUGACACGUGCGCGAGCGUAUCGUUAGCUAUGCGGAACGCGUUCCCUUGGCCAGCGGACACACCCAGCACCACGGCGUGCCCGUGCGAUGCGUCUACGCCGCCGGCCAACGGCGAUGUCGGCAACUGCGUCGGCACGCUCUUGCCCGGGUCGAAGUGCCAGCCGGAGUGCCACACGGGGUACGCCGUAUCCGGCGAGAGCGUGUGUAUCGCAGGCACGCUCACCCACGCGCUGUGCGCUGGGAAACCGUGCGACGCGUCUACGCCGCCGCCGAACGGCGCCGUCGGCGACUGCACCGACUCGCUCGCCUCCGGGUCGACGUGUCAGCCGACGUGCAACGCCGGAUACACCGCAUCCGGUCCGAGCUCGUGUACCGCGGGCACGCUCGCCUCCGCGACGUGCGGCCCAAUCUGGAGUCUUCCAGAUUCCCAGGGUCUCAACUUUACCAGCUCCGCGCGCGACGCGUCCCGCGGCGCGCGGACGGGCAUAGCCAUCGCCGUCGGUUCCGCCGUCGUCCUCGCGGGACUAUAG